AUGAAUCGACUCUUGAUUACAUAAACAGGUGAAUAAUUAAGAAGUGAAAUGAAGUAAUAAGUUUAACAAGAACGAACUGGUAAAAAAGUUAUAAAGAAGGAGAAGCGACUUCCAGAACUUAUUCGUUAACCCACAAAUUUAUUUAUUGAUACUGAAAGAGAUAAUAUAUUGUAUCAAAAAACUUUGUCAGAAGUUGCCCUUUCUAAUCUCAAUCGAGUAGCUAGUCUAAGUUUGUUGGGUCAGAAAAGUAAAAAUAAAUUAGAAACUCAUAUAAGGGAAGAGUUGAAUCUUCCAAAUAACUUUUAGUAUUUAAAUUAGAAUCUUGACAAACAGAUCAAUAAGAUUCUCUCAGAUAAGGGUAUAUUCUACCUUAUGUUAAAGAUUUGAAAACCAAGAGAAAAAGACAUCUUUUGACAGAAUUGAAACGUAUUGAAAAAAAAAGAACAACUUCCCAUAAUGAAGAUGUCUCAAUCUUUUCUUCUUGCAUUGAAGAUUAUGAUAAAAAUUAAAAGAUGACUGCGAUUAUCAAUGCAGAAGGCAAAUUAGCAUAAUUGACUAGAAGAUAUAGGUAAAAAGAAUUGAAUGAUUAAAAAUUAAAGUUGAAUCUAAAUAUUAGUUUAGAGAAGAUGUAAGAACGUAAACAUAUGUUAAUUGAUGCUAUUAAUCCUUUGAGUCCAACAUAGAUGAAAAUAAAUUCUUAGAGAUAAUUUGAUGAAAUGUUUUAUGAUAAUUCAUAAGAAAGAUUUCAUAAUAGAUUAUAAGAGAAACAUGUAAAAUCAAUUUGUUAGGUUUGGAGUUAAUAUUAAUUUCCAAAAUAAACAAAGCGUUGGACAUAAUUUAUUGAACAUGCAAAAUAACAGAAAAAAUAGUGA